GUGCAAAGGAGAAAGACGAGGACCUACAAUUCACCGGUGGCGUGGUAAUCGCGUGUUGGAAGCAGCAGCCCACUCAUAGUGCAGACAUGGCUGGUGGUAAAGGCCGUGGUAUAGCUGCCUUCAGCUUCAACAUCGAAUCCCUGGGCCUCAGCAGGGGGAAUAUGCCUCAGACCAGAGAGGGGCCCAACAAGCUGUAUCCAGAUGUGGAGUUCAAGCCUGUGCCCUUGAAAGAGGGAGAAGAUGAGGACUACAUGCUAGCCCUGAAACAGGAGAUAAGGGGAACCAUGAGACUACUACCCCACAACAUCAAGCCUCUGUCUGGCAAAGGAGAUGUGGAAAGAUACAAGGAGAGGUAUCAGAGGCAAAACAUGUUGGAUGAGGAGUGGACUCCAGACUGGCAGCUUUUUCCAAAAGAGCUGAUGCCUCAAAAGAAAAAGUUGAAUGUAAAACUAGUAGGCGCAAAGAAGAAACCCAUAAAGGUGUCAAGCAAAGAAAAAGCAGAUGUUCUCAGUAAAUUAGAUGAACUUGAAAAGAAAGAUGAUGUAAAGUCAGAUGAGGAGAAAGAAGAAAAGAAAACUACAGAGGAAGGAGAGGAGGAAGAAAUUGAAGGAGAGGAGUUGGAGGAGGAGGAAUUGGAAGAGGAAAAUGACUACAUUGCCAGCUACUUUGAAGAUGGUGAUGAUUUUGGUGCCGGCAGUGAUGAGAACAUGGAUGAAGGAGCCACAUAUUAAGCUCAACUGUAUGGAUGUUAUCUCAAGAGCAUACAGUAUUUAAAAAGCCAGAAGAAUGUUGACUGUCACUCUUCCAAAUGCAUUUCCCCCUGCAAAUCAUGAUUUAUUGUUUACCAAAUAGCUGUUGGCUAUAUGACUAACACUGUCAAGUUCACAUUUUGUUUGAACCUACAUUUACAAUGUGAGAAUCAUCAAGAUGUGCUUGUGUGAUUUGAAGUGAGUGAAUUUAAAUACUGUAAGUGGCUCUUUUGUAAAUAAGUGUAUAAACAAAUUA